UCCCGAGUCCGGGAGUGUAAGAUGAGACGGGGGAAGGUGGGCCUCCUUCUUGGGGAGGGCGAGGAGGAACUUCCUGCCCGUGCGCUCCAUGGUGCAGAGCCCUAAGCGCGCGGCCUGGCGGGCUGUGGCGUGUCAAGGUCCGCCUGGAGCUGGGUGGCGGCCUGCCUGGGGGCGGGGUACCCAACUUGGGGGCCGGGCUGAGGCCUCCCAGCCCCUCGGCCACAUUGAAUAGCCUGGGCUGGACCGUUUUUGUCUGCGAAGUCCUCUCCCAAGUUCCAGCCGCGUCCCCGGUGCCUGGGGCAGGAAGAAUCACUGGCAGCUCGCGCGCCCCAACUUGGAGCUGGAACACCACGUUUCCAGCUUGGUGUGGGCCUUGCGCCUCGGGACUGACCUCGCCCCCGCUGACGUAAGCAUCCUGGAAAUUGAUUCCUCCAAGUCCGUGGCGGGGGAGCAGGACUUGGUCAACACUGGACUUGUUGCAGGCGAAGAGAUAGGAGGCGUGGGCUCGUCCCUGGCUUGGAGAGGUGACUCUCCGAUCAGCGUUGCUGGCACUCCCCCGGCCUCCAGUCCCUCCCUCAAGACUACGGGCGACGGUAGCUUGUUGGGGCUCAUUGCCCCCUCAUCCCAGAUAUCACCCUGGAGAUCUUAAAGACUCUCGAGAAAAGCCACGUGGGGGGCUGGUUCCCCUGGGGCUUCCUCCCGUCCCCCGACUGCCUAAUUCUUUGGAGUGUCCCGGAUGUCUGCAAAGAUGUGGAUUUGGACGUCCUCGUGGAAGCCCUGAAGCCCGUGGGGACCUUUAAGAAGAUCGGGAAGGUGUUCCGCAAGGAGGAGGACUCCACGGUGGGGAUGCUGCAGAUCGGGGAGGACGUCGAUUACUUGCUCAUCCCCCGAGAGGUCAGGCUGGCCGGGGGCGUCUGGAGAGUCAUCUCCAAGCCCGCCACCAAGGAAGCAGAAUUUCGGGAGCGGCUGAUCCAGUUCCUGGAAGAAGAGGGCCGCACCCUGGAGGACGUGGCCCGCAUCAUCGAGAAGAGCACCCCGCACCCGCCCCAGCCCCCCAGAAAGCCCAAGGAGCCCCGAGUGAGGAGGAGAGUGCAGCAGAUGGUGACUCCUCCGCCCCGGCUGGUCGUGGGCACCUACGACAGCAGCAACGCCAGCGACAGUGAGUUGAGCGAGUUCGAGACCUCCAGAGACCGGAACUGCCAGGGCCCGCGGCGGGGCAAGGCGGUGCGCAGAAUGCCGGUCAGCUACCUGGGCAGCAAGUUCCUGGGCAGCGACCUGGAGAGCGAGGAUGAUGAGGAACUGGUCGAGGCCUUCCUCCGGCGAGAGGAGAAGCAGCCCAGCGCGCCGCCUGCCCGCCGCCGCGUCAACCGGCCAGUGCCGGUGUUUGAGGACAACCUGGGGCCUCGGCUGUCCAAGGCGGACAGGUGGCGGGAGUAUGUCAGCCAGGUGUCCUGGGGGAAGCUGAAGCGGAGGGUGAAGGGUUGGGCGCCGAGGGCGGGAACCGGGGUGGGCCAGGCCCGGCUGUCCUCCACCGCAGCGGGGAGCGCAGGGGUAUCAUCCGCGCCAGACGGCACCAGCCCCAGGGAUCGCGUGGGAAACGCGGGAGAUGUCUGUGCGCCCGAGACCUCCCCCAGGCGAUGGAGGCCCAAGAUGAACUGGGCCUCCUUUCGGCGCCGCACGAAGGAGCAGACAGCAUCCACAGGUCAGGGGGCAGACUUCCAGGCUAAUCAUGGGGGAGAGGCUGCAGAUAAUCAGAGGGAAGGGGCUAUAGCUGGCCAGAGGGUAGAGGCUGCAGAUAAUCAGAGGGAAGGGGCCAUAGCUGGCCAGAGGGUAGAGGCUGCAGAUAAUCAGAGGGAAGGGGCUGCAGAUAAUCAGAGGGCAGGGGCCCCAGCUGACCAGGGGCCAGAGGCUGCAGAUAACCAGAGAGAAGAGGCUGCUGAUAAUCAGAGGGAAGAGGCCCCAGCUGACCAGGGGCCACAGGGUGAAGAUAAUGAGAGGCAAGAGGCUGUAGAUAAUCAGAGGGCAGAGGCCCCAGCUGACCAGGGGUCAGAGGCUGCAGAUAAUCAAAGGGAAGAGGCCGUACAUGACCAGAGGGAAAGGGCCCCAGCUGUCCAGGGUGCAGAUAAUCGGAGGGCACAGGCUGUGGCGGACCAAAGGGCAGAGGCUGCACAUAAUCAGAGGGCAGGUGCCCCAGGCAUCCAGGAAGCUGAAGCCUCAGCUGCCCAAGGGGCCACAGGAACAGUUCCAGGAGCCAGUGCCCGGAAACAGGUCAAGACAGUGAGGUUCCAGACCCCUGGACGUUUUUCAUGGUUUCGCAAGCGUCGGAGAGCCUUCUGGCACACUCCCCGGUUGCCAAUCCUGCCCAAGAGAGUCCCCAGGGCAGGUGAGGCCAGGAACCUCAGGGUGCUGAGGGCCGAGGCCAGAGCAGAAGCUGAGCAGGGAGAGCAAGAAGACCAGCUGUGAGGUGGGAGCUAGGGACAGCCCACGGGCCCUCCUCCCAGGUGUGGGGGAGAGAGGUGCUCUUUGUGCCUCUGAACUUGGAAAUGGAGGUGGGUGCUGCCCACAUCUCCACCUAAGCACCCUCUUUAUUCUCUUGUUAAAAUUUAGUCUCAUGCUUUGAUUUUUUAUUGUUAUUUUUUAGAGACAGUGUCUCACUCUGUUACCCAGGCUGGAGUGCAGUGGCAUGAUCAUAACUCACCACAGCCUCAAACUUCUGGCCUCAAGUGAUCCUCCUGCCUCGGCCUCCCAAAGCACUGGGAUUACAGGUGUGAGCCACCAUGUGCACCACCUGAUUUUAAAAAAAAGACUGAUUCCUUGUAGCAACCCAAAGAAUGUAAAGAAAGAAAUCGAUACAAUAAGGUGGCAUCACCCAUAGUUUUAACUUCCUGAAAUGCAACUCAAGGUGCUCAGCUUGACAAGAGGAGAGAGGGAGGGCAGGGGAGAAACUGCCUCCUUUUUCCGUCUCCCUUUGCCUGCACACUUAAUGUUGACUGCCUCCUAAGACUUAAAAAGAAGGCGUUAGCCAACAUGCAAAUAAAAAACUUUCACGAACUGA